CUGCCCUUUUCGUUAUAUCUGCAUAUAAAUAUCUCUCAACUACUUCUUCCGUGCGAGAGAGGGAGUCUUCGAUGGAGAGAAGGAAAGUCUUCUUCCUAAUCCUUCUGUGACAGGGGAGGAGAAGAGAAGAAGAAGAAGAAGAAGCUCAGAAAGAAGAAGAAGUAGACCCGAAAAAGCUCUUGUUGGAAGGGGCAGAACAGAAAGCUAAAAUCUACUUCUUCUCUUUCUCUCCCAAUAUGGAAUCUCCUCCCCUAACGGACGAUAAUUCCAACAACCAGAAGGCGAAUGAUGUCGCCGGGGCUCCUCAGGUGGAUCCCUUCUUGAUGGAAGCUCUUCAGAAUCCUCGUCAUCGACUUGCGGUUCUGCGAAUGGAGUUGGACAUCCAGAGGUUUAUGCAAAAUCCUGAUCAACAACAGUUUGAGUUCCAACAUUUCCCAACUUCCUACCUGAGGCUUGCAGCACAUCGUAUUGCUCAACACUAUGGUUUGCAGUCAAUGGUGUUGGACAAUGUUUUGGAUGGGUUAGGAACAAGAAUAGUGGUCAGAAAAACAUCUGAAAGCAGAUAUCCUACGGUCUGUCUAUCUGGAGUUCCUCUGAAACAGUCAGAAAAUGAUAAACCUGAGAAGGUUAAGAUUGCUCUCAGGCCAAGGCCUAAUAAAGCAUCCCAAAAUGAUGGGAGUGAACUGGGAGUUGAACGCAGUGCUUUGAGAACUGUGGAAGAGAGAAAAGAGGAAUAUGACAGAGCACGGGCCCGUAUUUUCAGUAGCCCUAGCAGUUCUGACUCAGAAGGUGCAUCUUCUGCGACAAGUGAGGGAAGAAGUUUGUGUUCAACCAAGGAUGAGGGUGAAGGUUACAGGAGUUUUAUGGAUGAAACGGAAAAGGCCUCUAGUGCUCGAGAUGGUGGUUCUAGAGUUGCCAUCUUCAGAGACAGGGAGAAGGAUCGUUCUGAUCCUGAUUAUGACCGAAGCUAUGAGAGGUAUGUUAGGGGCCUCACACAUAAUCAGGGCUUUAGCUUGGGACAUUUCAACAACAUUCAGGGCUUUCAGCCUUCGUUCAUGGAAUGUGAAUCAGGUUUUCCUCAGUUGCCACGGACUCAAACAUCCCCUAGCUACACGUCUUCAGGUCCAGUUAUGAGCCCUUUUUGUGCCAUGGGAUUGAAUCAGACUCCUAGAGAUGCUGUCUAUAUGCAGUGGCCAACAAAUCCUGCAAUGGUUUAUGCAGAAACUUACGAGGAACUCAGGCAUGCAUGUUUCCAGGUUCCUUUCUACCCACAACCCUUGAGCUUAGAUUGCACACAAAACCAUUAGAAGACUGGGGGGCGGGGGUGAAUGCCUGUACUUUCUCAUUUAGUAUCACAAUCUGCAUCCAUUGUGACCUUCUAUGUUUUUGUACUUGGACAGUAUUUAGAUAUUUUUGUUGAUGGUAGAAUUCUAUUUUAUUUCUUUUACAUGUGGAUGUGGUUCUUGCUUUGCCUAUGUACUCAUUUGUUGAACCUCUGUCAUAUCGAAGAAAUGGCUUUUUUAAUUUAUUUAA